GCUUUAUUUUGAAAGGUAUUGACCGGAGGUGUGCUGCUUGUUCGUAGGCACUUUUCGCGCUUCAGAACCACACGCUGUGCGGUCUGCAGAGUGGACUUACUAGAAACUUUAACUUAGUGUCGCAUGCGGAAAUAUUUAUAUAUCAUUGGUUUACCUUAUCUCACUCAGAAACGACCGUAACCCGCAGCAGCUAGCGUUACUUCAGAGCAACUUAACGUUGACGUUAGUUGAGCUUCCCGUGAGUCACCUGCUCGUGAAACAUCGACCCACGUUGCUGUUUCACUGAGCAAAAUUGCUCCGAAGCAAAUUGGUCUGUAACUGCAACGCAUUAUCGUUAGCCCUGCCGCUGUUGGCAACGAAUAGCCGAUAUCAGCGUGAAAAGUGGGAGGAUGACAUCUGAGGGGGUUGUCACCAAAGAAAUGGAGGAAGAAGAGGAGAAGCUAAUGGAGGAAGGGGAGAGGAGAGAAGAAGAGAUGAUGCAGAAGGCCCUGCAAGCGCAGGAGAGGGAAUCCCACGACAUGCGGUUCAAGAGGCUCCAGCACUUGCUGCAGAAGAGCAACAUCUACUCCAAAUUCCUGCUCACUAAGAUGGAGCAGCAACAAAGCGAGGAGAACCUCAAGAAGGAGCGCUGUGAAAAGACCAAGAAGAACAAAAACGGCGCCGAGCCAGUUAAAGAUAAAAGGAAGAGGAAGAGGGAGGAUGACUACAAAAUAGCAGACGUCAUGUCAAAAGAAGAAAUCCUGUUGCAAUCAAAGAAAAUAAAAGUUGAGGAAGUGGACAAGGCGCCGCUCCAGAAGAAGCUUGAAGCCGAGGACAUCGAGAAGAUGUGUGACUCCAACCAAGCCAUCAAAAACCGCCUGUCUGAGGCGGUGCGAGACAACGCCCAGCAGCUCCUGGAUCCCCACCGGAGGGUGGCCGACCAGCGGGUGCCUGCCAAGCAGCCGCUGCUCUUCACCGGGGGGGUUAUGCGAUCAUACCAGAUAGAGGGCACUGAGUGGCUGAGGAUGCUGUGGGAGAACGGCAUCAACGGGAUCCUAGCUGACGAGAUGGGGCUGGGGAAGACCGUCCAGUGCAUCGCUCACAUUGCCAUGAUGAUAGAGAAAAAAGUGAUGGGCCCUUUCCUGGUGGUGGCCCCUCUCUCCACACUGCCCAACUGGAUGAGCGAAUUCAAGCGAUUCACGCCAGAGGUAUCUGUGUUGCUCUACCACGGCCCCCAGCCAGAGAGAGCCAAAGUUCUGAAGCAGAUCCACAGACCUCAGGGGGGCCUCAGCAUGUGCCCUGUGGUGCUCACCUCAUUUGAAAUCGCCAUGAUAGACAGAAAGUCGCUACAGCGCUUCCAGUGGAAAUACCUGAUUGUGGAUGAGGGCCACAGGAUCAAAAACCUCAACUGCCGGCUGGUGCGAGAGCUGAAGAUGCUGCCCACCGACAACAAGCUGCUGCUGACCGGCACUCCACUGCAGAACAACCUGGCCGAGCUCUGGUCCCUCCUCAACUUCCUCCUGCCAGAAGUUUUCGACGACCUCAGGAGCUUCGAGUCGUGGUUCGACAUCAGCACCAUCAGUGAGGCGGACAACGUGAUUGCUACUGAGCGCGAGCAAAACAUCCUGAGCAUGCUGCACCAGAUCCUGACUCCAUUCCUGCUGAGGAGGUUGAAGUCCGACGUGGCGCUGGAGGUUCCUCCGAAGAAGGAGAUCAUUGUGUACGCACCUCUGACAGCCAAGCAGGAGGCCUUCUACACCGCCACGGUCAACAAAACCCUCGCCAAGAUGCUGGGCCAGGAAAAGACGGAGGCUCCCGUGGUGUUUAAGUCCAGCGGGCGGCCCAAGCGCCGCACCUCAGUGGUGGACUACAAAGAGAGGAAGGGGGACACGCUACACGACCUGGAGAAAUAUCUGGAGAUGGUGCAGAAGGAGCAGGAGCAGAGCUCAUCCCCGGUGGUGGCCAUCCAGAGCCCGCUGGACUCCCUGAUCAACCUGAAGCUUCAGAACAUUCUCAUGCUGCUGAAGAGGACGUGUAACCACCCCUACCUGGUGGAGUACCCGCUGGACCCCGCCACGCAGACAUUCAAGAUUGACGAGCAGCUGGUGCGGAGCUCCGGGAAGUUCCUGAUCCUGGACCGACUGCUGCCUGCACUGAAGGAGCGGGGACACAAGGUUCUGAUCUUCAGUCAGAUGACGUCCAUCCUCGACAUCCUGAUGGAUUACUGCUACCUGCGUGGUUUCCAGUACAGCCGACUAGACGGCACCAUGUCCUACUCCGACCGGGCCGAGAAUAUGGACAAGUUCUCCAAUGAUCCCGAGGUCUUCCUCUUCCUGCUCAGCACCAGAGCCGGAGGACUCGGGAUCAACCUGACGGCCGCUGACACCGUCAUCAUCUUCGACAGUGACUGGAACCCCCAGGCCGACCUGCAGGCUCAGGACCGCUGCCACCGAAUCGGGCAGACCAAGCCAGUGGUGGUGUACCGGCUGGUCACGGCCAACACCAUCGACCAGAAGAUUCUGGAGAGGGCCUCAGCUAAGAGGAAGCUGGAACAGAUGGUCAUCCACAAAAAUAAGUUCAAAGGUGUGAGGGCAGAGCUCAGCCACAGCAAGAGCUGCAUCGAUUUGGACGAGCUGAAGUCGAUGCUCAAAGCCAGAAGCACGGAGAAGGAGGUGAAAGCCUCGACGGGGAAGGUGAUCAGCGACAAGGACCUGCUGCUCUUGCUGGAUCGCAGUGACUUGUUGGGCAAGGCAACGCAGAGUGUGAAGAAAGAGAAGGUGGGAGUCUUCAGAGUGGUCGAUGGCAAGGACUCGUCGGAGAUUGUUUUGACCUGAGGACCUUCUGCGGCCACAUGUGAACUUGUGACCAAAGUUCCCCCUGAAAACAAAGGAAAGCUAAAGGUGCAGCCAGAUGCCAGGAAAUAUCCUGAAACUGCUGUUUGUUGACUUCUCCUCAGUCCACUAAAGUCUUGUCUGUUUAACCACUAAAGCCUUGUGAAGUGGUCUCGUUUGGGUGUUUGACAGACGUUGCUGCUGCUCCUGCCUUUGCUCCUGCUGUUCUCGUAACGUCUUCUGCCAGUUGUAGUGACAUGUUCUAGCCGGUUAGUCAAAACGUUUGUUGAUUAUUGUUGUAAUUCUAGCACUUUCCUGCAGGUUGGGCAGACAUGUUCUUUUGUCUUUUUAUAUUGAAUAAAUAUUUCAUCAUUUUCAUGUUGUUGAGUAGAAAACUCAAUUUUCAUUGACUCUAAUAAAAGCUUUAUUUGCU